AUGAUGGAUGUCAUCUUCGGAGCCGGCUCAAUCGGCUAUACUGGCCGCGAUUCCCCUGAAGACGUCGUCCAGAUCCUUGACCUACUGCGCCGCGAGGGGGUCUCACGCAUCGACACGGCACAGGGGUACGGGGCCAGUGAGGAGCUUUUGGGAAAGGCAGGCGUUGUCGCCCGGGGCUUCUCUAUCGAUACCAAGUACUCUGGUGUGAUGUCACCGACUCCUUCGUCCAGGGAGGGCCUCAUCGCUGCGGCGGAGGAGAGUCUGCGCAAGCUCAACGCUAGCAAAGUGGACGUGUAUUAUCUGCAUUCGCCUGACGAGCGAGCUUCGCUCGAGGACCUUCUCGCAGGCAUCGAUGAGCUUUACCGCCGCGGCGCCUUCGCCCGCUUCGGGCUCUCCAACUUCACGGGCGAAGGAGUGGAAGCAGUCAUCCGCAUUGCCUCAGAGAAAGGAUACGUACUCCCCUCCGUCUUCCAGGGAAACUACUCUGCCGUGUGCCGACGCGUGGAGACGGAGGUCAUGCCCGUGCUGCGCAAGCACCACAUCCCCUUCAUCGCCUAUUCACCUAAUGCCGGCGGGUUCUUGACCAAGUCUCCCGAGGAGAUCCUUGGCGGGCAGACCGGAGGCCGGUGGCAGUCUGGCACGAGGUUGGGCAGUAUGUAUCACGCCCUGUUCACAACCGAAGGGAUGCUCAGGUUCCUGCGGGAAUGGAGUCAGAUCGCGGACGAGGCAGGCAUACCCAAGGCAGAGCUGGCGUACCGGUGGGUCGUCUUCAACUCCUGUCUCAGGGAGGAGUACGGCGACGCCAUCAUUUUUGGAGCCCGGAAUCUCCAUCAGCUCGAGGAGACCCUGGCUGCCAUCAAGAAGGGACCGCUGGCCCAACGGGAGCAGGACCGUAUCCAAGCGCUCUGGAAGGAUGCUGAGGAAGACAGUUUUUUGGACAAUUAUAACAGCUAUAUCAAGUUUCAUCUGUGA